UGGCAACUUAAUUGCGUCCUGGCUCCCCGAAAGUUAACCAGAAUACAUGGUGCAUACAUCGGUGACUUGGCCGCGUUUUCCACGAAUUUUCCAUGAUCAUGAUUGCAAGGCCUACUGGCGCAAAGGUGAUUCCUCUUAUCACAUCAACAUGUGGUGCACCGAGUACAUGCCCCGGGAACGUUCUGGUCGCUUUCCUCAGAUGCAUGUUUUGGUGGUUCCCGAUGGUCAAGGAAGCUACGUUCACUUUUGACCGCCUUCAACGACCACUUGGCGAAAUCCAUCGAGCCUGGCCGCUACUUGUGCGUCGACGAAUGCAUGAGCCAGUGGCUCGGAAGGGGAUGCUCAAUUUUAAAAAGGUCCCCAGGAAACCUCAUCCGGUCGGCCAGGAGUACAUGUGCAUUGCUGACAAUCUCCCUUGCAUAUUACUGCGCUUGGGCUUUGUUAGUGACCCGGCCUCAAAGAAAGUCGCCACGGUCAACAUCUUACAGAUCGGUGUUCAAUACCUGAAGAAGCAUCGAAGAUUCCUGAUCUGGAUCGCCAGAAAUCGCCAGAAAACUAUCCGAUUGCGGCCUAGUCUCGAUCAUGCACGUCUUGAAAAGGCGAUACUUCCACGGGGUAUGUUAGACGAUGAUAUCUUGGAAGUCCUCGGAAGCACCGGAAGACUUUGACGACCAUGAGUCAGAAUCCACCUCGUAUCGAAGUUUGCAGCAGUAAUGGAUUGUCUUUUCCGGGGCACCAAGGUCAAAUGCGUAGACAGAGAAUUGGCGAGUGAGGCGACGAAGGCCGUA